UGACACGUUGCGCUCGAGUAAAGAACCAAUCACAAGCAGUUGCCUAGAACCCUGAAAUUUAUAAAGCGCAAAUUUCUUUGUCAUGAUUUGAAUGUAGUAGUAGAACGUUGUGAUACAAGGGAGCGAAAUUAAUGAAAUUCAUACUUACAAUUCCAGCUAGACUUAUUACUUUUAUGUUAGACAUGUCUUCAAUAUUGUUUAAGGCUGUUUAUAUCGAUUGUUAAAUAAACUCUCUAAAUAAAUGUUCUUCCACAUACCUCGUGCCAGGGAAUAACGGUGUCCCCAGAGAUAUCUCUAAAAUAACAACGAUGAACACUGUUAUAUUUUCUUUCUCAGCAAAAAGUUGUGGAAACCCUGGGAUCCCUGAAAACGGAAAGCUGAAGUCUUACAUCUUUACCUUCAAAAGCAGAGUCGAUUUUGAUUGUAAUCAUGGUUACAAACUGGUCGGAGACAAGUACCGGCAAUGCCAAGCGAACCAGAGGUGGACUGGGAGGUCGCCAACCUGUGAACAAAUUGACUGUGGAGUGCUACCAACCCCUGAUAAGGCUGAAAAAAUUCUCGAAACCCACACGAAAGUCGAUGGUGUCGUCAGGUUUAAGUGUAAGGAGACAGGUUACGAGAUCAGUGGCUCAGAGAUCCGGACUUGUGGCAAUAAUGGGUUGUGGAGUGGAUCUCCAACAUCUUGUAACAUCAUAAGUUGUGGUGAUCCAGGUACUCCUCUAAACGGUCAACAAGCUGACGUGAAAAAUGGUUACAACUAUGGUGGUUCAGUGAAAUUUACUUGUAAAGAUAACUACACGCUGUCAGGAAAAAGCGAGAUCGUUUGCGAAGAAACGAAAGAUUGGAGUUCGCCAACACCAAAAUGCUGGGCUCCAUGUCCUGAUCCCGGAGUGCCAGGCAAUGGAAACAGAAGCGGAGAUGACUUUAUACACGCUAAAUCGGUAACCUUUAGAUGCAACGAGAAUUAUGAACUUGAAGGAGAAGCAACCAUCAGCUGUAACAAUGGAGGCUGGACAAGUAAAACACCCACGUGCAAAGUUAUUUCAUGUAAAGAUCCAGGAAGUCCUUUACAUGGACGACAAUCGAAAGUCAAAAAGAACUUUACUGUCGGCGGAUUCGUGCGAUUUAAGUGCAGUGAAAACUACACCAUGGUGGGAAGCGGCAAACUAACUUGUCUCAAAAGCAAGAAGUGGAAUAGAGAAAUACCGAAGUGCUUAGCAUCCUGCCCUGAUCCCGGUCAUCCAGAAAAUGGACAAACCAUUGGAAGAGUUUUUAAUCAUACCUCAGUUGUCGAGUUUGAAUGUUUGGGAGAUCGCUUGUUACAAGGUUCCUCUCAGGCAAAAUGCAACAAUGGGCAGUGGGACCAAGCAUUGUCAACAUGCCGAGAUUGUGGCACAGGGCUUCCUCUUGGAAUGGAAAGUAGAAAGAUCCCAGACGCAUUCAUCAAAGCUUCCAGUCAUAGAGAUAAACAUCCAGCUCAUCAUGGCCGACUUGGUGGAGGCAACUAUUGGUGCUCAGAGGAGGGAAAAGCCGAUUUUAUUCAGAUUGACUUACCAAAAAAAUACAAGAUUACUGGAGCAAGAAUUCAACUCAAAAGCAAAUACAAGAUCAAAAGUAUAAUCUUGAGACGCCAAAUUUUCAAAAAGUGGUGGAAUUUCCACCAUGAAAAGCCACCUUAUAAUGAAGAAGAGGAACAAAUAAAAGAAAUACAUCCAUUUAUUGCUCAGUCUGUACGAAUCAGAGUGUUAAGAGAUACAAAGGAAUCGAUUUGUCUAAGAGCCGAAGUCUAUGGCUGUGGAAUUCCCAAAGGUUGUAUCAUGCGAGGCUCUGCUAUUCUUAUCAAGGAAAACGGUAGAUAUCAGCACAGAUUUGUAGGAGAAUAUAUCGAUGUGGAGUAUAACCUUCUGGAAGUCCUUCCUCCCGGGAAAAAAAGGAGCAUAAUAAUGAAUAGGGAUCAUGUGAUUCUAGAUGAGAAACCAAGCGUCCAAGACUUAGCUAUUGGAACCUUAGUCCUUGGAGAGGAUGCAACUUCACCAGGCCAAAUUAGAAAGGGUAAAAUAGAGCAAAUAUCAAAUUCAGUUUGUACCAUAAAAACUUUUCAAUCAGUACCAUCUUGUGGCCCUCCGGAACUUCCGAAAAAUUCUGAGCUACGAGGAUCUAAGAAAUCUUCAUACAAGUACUCGGAAAAAGUAUUCCUCAGGUGCAAGAGUGGGUACUUCUCCACAGGGAUAGGACUGCUGAGUUGUAGCUUGGAAGGAUGGACUGGCCCUUCUUUUACUUGCUCACCAAAAAGUUGUGGAAACCCUGGGAUCCCUGAAAACGGAAAGCUGAAGUCUUACAUCUUUACCUUCAAAAGCAGAGUCGAUUUUGAUUGUAAUCAUGGUUACAAACUGGUCGGAGACAAGUACCGGCAAUGCCAAGCGAACCAGAGGUGGACUGGGAGGUCGCCAACCUGUGAACAAAUUGACUGUGGAGUGCUACCAACCCCUGAUAAGGCUGAAAAAAUUCUCGAAACCCACACGAAAGUCGAUGGUGUCGUCAGGUUUAAGUGUAAGGAGACAGGUUACGAGAUCAGUGGCUCAGAGAUCCGGACUUGUGGCAAUAAUGGGUUGUGGAGUGGAUCUCCAACAUCUUGUAACAUCGUAAGUUGUGGUGAUCCAGGUACUCCUCUAAACGGUCAACAAGCUGACGUGAAAAAUGGUUACAACUAUGGUGGUUCAGUGAAAUUUACUUGUAAAGAUAACUACACGCUGUCAGGAAAAAGCGAGAUCGUUUGCGAAGAAACGAAAGAUUGGAGUUCGCCAACACCAAAAUGCUGGGCUCCAUGUCCUGAUCCCGGAGUGCCAGGCAAUGGAAACAGAAGCGGAGAUGACUUUAUACACGCUAAAUCGGUAACCUUUAGAUGCAACGAGAAUUAUGAACUUGAAGGAGAAGCAACCAUCAGCUGUAACAAUGGAGGCUGGACAAGUAAAACACCCACGUGCAAAGUUAUUUCAUGUAAAGAUCCAGGAAGUCCUUUACAUGGACGACAAUCGAAAGUCAAAAAGAACUUUACUGUCGGCGGAUUCGUGCGAUUUAAGUGCAGUGAAAACUACACCAUGGUGGGAAGCGGCAAACUAACUUGUCUCAAAAGCAAGAAGUGGAAUAGAGAAAUACCGGAGUGCUUAGCAUCCUGCCCUGAUCCCGGUCAUCCAGAAAAUGGACAAACCAUUGGAAGAGUUUUUAAUCAUACCUCAGUUGUCGAGUUUGAAUGUUUGGGAGAUCGCUUGUUACAAGGUUCCUCUCAGGCAAAAUGCAACAAUGGGCAGUGGGACCAAGCAUUGUCAACAUGCCGAGAUUGUGGCACAGGGCUUCCUCUUGGAAUGGAAAGUAGAAAGAUCCCAGACGCAUUCAUCAAAGCUUCCAGUCAUAGAGAUAAACAUCCAGCUCAUCAUGGCCGACUUGGUGGAGGCAACUAUUGGUGCUCAGAGGAGGGAAAAGCCGAUUUUAUUCAGAUUGACUUACCAAAAAAAUACAAGAUUACUGGAGCAAGAAUUCAACUCAAAAGCAAAUACAAGAUCAAAAGUAUAAUCUUGAGACGCCAAAUUUUCAAAAAGUGGUGGAAUUUCCACCAUGAAAAGCCACCUUAUAAUGAAGAAGAGGAACAAAUAAAAGAAAUACAUCCAUUUAUUGCUCAGUCUGUACGAAUCAGAGUGUUAAGAGAUACAAAGGAAUCGAUUUGUCUAAGAGCCGAAGUCUAUGGCUGUGGAAUUCCCAAAGGUUGUAUCAUGCGAGGCUCUGCUAUUCUUAUCAAGGAAAACGGUAGAUAUCAGCACAGAUUUGUAGGAGAAUAUAUCGAUGUGGAGUAUAACCUUCUGGAAGUCCUUCCUCCCGGGAAAAAAAGGAGCAUAAUAAUGAAUAGGGAUCAUGUGAUUCUAGAUGAGAAACCAAGCGUCCAAGACUUAGCUAUUGGAACCUUAGUCCUUGGAGAGGAUGCAACUUCACCAGGCCAAAUUAGAAAGGGUAAAAUAGAGCAAAUAUCAAAUUCAGUUUGUACCAUAAAAAGUAACCAUGAAAUUUGGAAGAGUGAUUUAAACAAGAUUCGUAUCGUCAAAAGAUCAGCGUUUUGCUCACAAUAAAUAUUUUGUAUUAAUGCCACUGUGCCCAGGCUAACGGCAGGACUACUCGAUGGCAAAACGUACAGAUUUAUGAAGUCUGUUGUCACUAUGUAUAGACAUGUUAGCGAAAACACGAUAGCGACAACAUUAAAGAUAAAGAUCUUACAACCAAGAAUUAGA